ACCAGAUGUGAAGGACGCUACAUAGAUAAGUCACAAAUGAUAUGGAAAUCAGGUCUUCAUAUAAAGUGAGAUGUGAUAUCUAGAUUCUACAUCAUAUCAACACUAAUCGAUAAUAUAACCUCAUUGGAGCCCAUCGUAUACUCAGGUGUAAAUAUAUAUCAUGAAACUUUUCGUUUUGAUUGCGCUAUUUAGCAUCGCCUCACAAUCGCUAGCGGCACCCAUAGAAAGUAGAGGUCUAGCGGGCGAAAAGGAGUCUAUAACUUUUGAUCAACAUGAGCGUUUCACACAAACGAAUAGGAGGCGUCAAAUACCACAACCAUCACCGAUUUACAGCAACGUUCCCCAGUUUACUCCAGUACAAUACUACACGGGACCAAUGCCGAGCAGAACUCCAGUACCAUAUAUUACGGUGAAUCAGCCGACAAACGAACGAAAUCCAGACAGCGGGAUUGAAUUGGGAGAUGAUGAUGGAAGUAUACAAUCCCAACAAGAUACGAUUACGCCACUGACCACGUUCCCGGACACAGAAAGCUCGCCAAAUGACCCUGUCUCUUCGGAUACCCCUGUGACUGGCUAUUUGAGUCCCGAAUACAUAGAUAACAAUCCAAAUUCAACUCUUCCUGGACCGAACGGCCGUGUGACAAUGCGUGCUAAUCUUGCUUUUGAUUUUCUAAGUGGUCCGUGCGGAUCAAAGGUUUAUCUGUCAAGUGAUGGCGUACUGCACUUGUAUAACGCUGGAGGUGCAAACGUAGGGCAGUUUACGGGCGCUUACGGUGCUUGUGAUCAAAUGAGCAGGGUCCCCUGUGUCAUGCGAUUCGAAGCAGGGUCGCUAAACAUAGGUAAUUACGCACGGGGAGAAUUCCACGACCCGAAGUUCAGUACGAAUUCCAAUGGAAUCAUGGCAAUCGUAGUUGAGACGGGAGAUAUUUGGAUCAUUCGUGAGAAUGGUGUUGCAGAAGUCAAAAUUUUGAUGAACUCAACUAACGAUAUCUGUAGUAUUUGAGCUGAUCUCGUAAAUACGCAAUUAUAAGUACAUCAACUAGCAAACUUUGCUUUUAUACGCCCUAUAAAUAUAAAAAAGAGAAGAACAC